AUGUCUAUAUCCAACAACCGGUUCAGGUUCAUGCCAGGUCGUUCUACUACAGAAGCUAUACACCUUAUUAGGAGGUUGGUGGAAUGGUACAGGGAGAGGAAGAAUGAUCUGCACAUGGUGUUUAUUGAUUUACAGAAAACGUACGACAAGGUUCCUAGAGAAGUUCUCAGGAGAUGCUUAGAGGAAAAAGGCGUGUCGGCUGCCUACAUUUGGGCAAUUAAGGACAUGUAUGAUGGGGCUAAGACUUGGGUUAGGACUAUAGGAGGAAACUCUGAGCAGUUUCUAGUUUUUAUGGGGUUACACCAAGGUUCUUCGAGAAGCAUUAAUAGAAGACAUCCGCAGUUGCAUCAGAUAGUUACAGCAAGACAGCAUUUAUCGGCAUCAGGAAUAAUAGUAGCAGUCCUAGCAUCAUCAACAGUAGCAUUUGAAUCAUUCCAUUUGGUGUUGAAGCAACCACAGAAAGAGUACAACCAAAAUCUUUUUGUUUUAGUAGCAGCUUUCAAGAUUCAUGACAAGUGCAGUUUAGCAGUAGCAUUAUGCAUCAGUCAGAUAGUUGCUAGUCGAGCAUCUGACUUUUAUCACAGCAGUAGCAGUAGAAGAACUUAG